CCAAUUUUGUUAAAAAAUGGCGGGAGAUACAAGUCCAGUUGUAAACAAGUGGAUUCUUGAUUAUUACACGUAUUAUGCAUGGGAGGAGUUUAAAAGGGACCGCACAAUUUCGUCUAGCACACUUGACUCUAUUUCGGGUAUUCUGAGCAAAACCUGGGAGGGAGAUGAACAAGGGAAUGACAAAAAACUAUUUUUGACAAUAUUGUCACGGCUCAAAGAUGGUUCUGAUAUACAUAUGCGGUAUGACGAAUCAUGUGAUGAUACUCCAUUAGAAGAUCUUAUACCACAUUUUACAAACCUAGUCUACCUUCAGAUAGAUAACAAGCUACAGAAAGAGGGAGAAUUGCUUUUUACAGUCAUCAAAUAUGAGGCUGUGCAGGCAUGCUGUAGGGCUGGGGAGUUUGAGAAAGCACAAGAAGUAUUUGACCGGUUGCAACUACAAAAGAUGAAAGACAAGAAGUAUACAAAGAUGGCAAAAGGCCUGAAAGACCAGAUCAAGGAGAGGGACAAAGAGACUGAAAUGAGUUAUGAUGGUUUUGUUACAGCUAUGAUUGAAUACCUUCAACUUAUUGCUGAUAGUUUCGAGGAACCUACAAUUGUUGCGGCUGCCAAAGUUUUCAUGGAAAAACAGGUGUGUCAUCAUAACAAAAAUGACAAGGACAGUGAAUCUCAGAGCAUAAUACCUGACAGAGAAAUUUUAGAUGAAUUAGAAAAGAGCACACAUGGUAACAAGAACAACAACAAUUCUGGAACAAAAGCUGAUAAAGAGAGACUGCGUAAACUGUGGGAUUAUAAAAUCAAGGAUAUGUUUGGAGAUGAAAGCCCUCCUGAGAAAAAAUCUAGAUCUGCAAGAUCCGGUGUAUCAAAGUCCCCGUGUAAAGAACCACCAACAUCAAGUGGUGCUGUGUCAAGGACAUCCACUCCAAAGAAGGAUGGAUCAGGUAGUUUCAAGGUACCUUCUGAAAAGCCAUCAUCUGCUGAUGGAUCACAGUCGAGGACGUCAACUCCGAAGAAGAAGGAUGGAUCAGGUAGUUUCAAGGUACCUUCUAAAAAGCCAACAACUGCUGAUGGAUCACAUUCAAGGACAUCAACUCCAAAGAAGCCUGGGUCAGAAGAAGACAGGUCUCCUUUCAAACAGCUGACAACCUCACGUGGAUCUUCAUUAACACCUAAGAAAUCUGGACCAGUCUCGACUGUUUCACCUGUACAAAGGCCAUCAUUGGCAGAAAGAUAUGGAGAGGAUAGCCCAGAAUUUCGAUACAGGAAGAACAAAGGUCGCAUUGAUAGACAUGAACCUGUGAUGUCUUCAACGAGGUGUAGUUAUGGUAGUGAGGCUGGAGAUAAUAUAUCCGAAAUGGAGGUAUCAUCUGUGUAUGGUAGCAGGAAGAGAAAAUGGACAAAUGAUGAAAUGCUGGAGUUUUAUGAUGCAGUUAACACAUUUGGAGUGGGUAAAUGGGCACAGAUAAAGGAAUAUCUAAAUACUACACGGACUGGUGUUAUGCUGAAGGAUAAAUGGAGAAAUAUGAUCAAAUAUGGAGAAGUUGAUAAAAUUAGAGAAAAGAGAAAGAAGAAAAAAUGAUUGUGCUAGAAACACUUUUAGAAGGGUUAAUUUAUGGUGUUGUGUUUCAGAAAACAUGUGUUCUACAAUUAUUAGGGGGUCUUUCAAGGUUGGAGUAUGGUGUAUGAUUAAGAGGCAUAUUUCAUUAACAAUGAGUGUUGUAUUUUUUCCAAAUAUUUUUCUGUUCAUUUCUGGAUUGUUGGGUUGAUGCAAUAUGACAGUUGUAUAAUAUUUCUAGAUUAGUUAGCAGCAAUUGGUGAGGAUAUGGUGCUGACAGUUGUUUUUUCUUUUAAGAUUAAAUCAAACAAAGGUUCACUUUAGUAUAAUUUACAGUUGUGUGCAGAUUUUUUAAACUGACAGAUUAUGCUUGACUAUGUAUAUAUGCAGGUAUAUUUGUUGUGGGUCAAGAACAAAAAUAUGUCAAAGAAGAAGUAAAAGAAAUGUUGAGCAGCACAUUUUUAGCUCACCUGUUACGAAGUGACAAGGUGAGCUGUUGUGACCGCUUGAUGUCCGUCGUGCGUAGUGCGUCGUCCGUCAACAAUUUCUAAAAAAAUCUUCUCCUUGAAAACCACUGUGCAGAAUUACACCAAACUUCACAGGAAUGAUCCUUGGGUGGCCCCCUUUCAAAAUUUAAUUUAAAGUAUUGAAUUCCAAAGGAAAAACUUUAAAAAUCUUCUUUUCCAAAACCACAGGGCCUAGGGCUUUGAUAUCUGGUGUGUAGCAUCAUCUAGUGGUCCUCUACAAAAAUUGUUCAAAUUAUCCUUUUAGGGUCAAAUAUGGCCCCGCCCCGGGGGUCACAUGGUUUAUAUAGACUUAUAUAGGGAAAACUUUGAAAAUCUUCUUGUACAAAACCACAUGGCCUAGGGCUUUGAUAUUUGGUAUGUAGCAUCAUCUAGUGGUCCUCCACUAAGAUUUUUCAAAUUAUCCCCCUAGGGCCAAAUAUGGCCCUGCCCCGAGGGUCACAUGGUUUAUAUAGACUUAUAUAGGAAAAACUUUGAAAAUCUUCUUGUACAAAACCAUAUGACCUAGGGCUUUGAUAUUUGGUAUGUAUCAUCAUCUAGUGGUCCUCUACCAAGAUUGUUCAAAUUAUCCCCCUAGGGUCAAAUAUGGUCCCAAGUUUUACAUAGACUUAUAUAAGAAAAAAAGUUUAAAAAUCUUCUUGUCUGAAACCACAACACUUAGACCUUUGAUAUUUGGUUUAUAGCAUUGUCUUAUGGUCCUCAACCAUAAUUGUUCAAAUUAUACCCCUUGGGUGAAAAGAGGCCCUGCCCUGGGGGUCCCAAGUUUUAUAUAGACUUAUAUAGGAAAAAGCUUUAAAUAUCUUCUUGUCUGAAACCAUAUGACCUAGGCUUUUGAUAUUUGGUAUGAUGCAUUGUCUAGUAGUCCUCCACCAAAAUUGUUCAAAUUAUGCCCCUGGGGUUAAAAGAGGACCCACCCUGGGGUCACUUAGUUAUUAUGUGUUAUAUAGGAAAAAUACUUAAAAAAUCAUCUGAUCCUAUUUCCAAGACUGUUUAAUUAUAAUUACCUGAUGACCCCUAGUAAUAUGAUGUCACUUGACUGUGACCUUGACCUACUGACCUACUUCCUUUUUUUUUAAGAUACAGCCUUGAAAUUUUGAUGACAUACACAGUUUUGCACACAAACCGUAAAACUGAAUUUCAUUGACCAUGAAUGUGACCUACUGACUUUCUUAAUAUUUUCUCAUCAGUUUGACAUUUGAAACAUGUAAGUUAUAUUACUCAGGUGAGCGAUCCAGGGUCAUCAUGACCCUCUUGUUUUCCUGUGCUUUGGCUUGUAUUCAUAUUAUAUCCAGUAUUUAUUUGUAUUCUAAACAGAAACGAACACUUAGCUACUGGUUCAGAAUACAUACUGCUGAAAUUACCUCAGAAGCCUGUUGCAUUUUCCAAGCUUUAAAAACUUACUGAAUUAAUGAAAAUCAAUAAAUGUGCAUUUAAAUGCCUUAUUUGGUGAUUUUAAUAUCACAGUAACCAUAUGUUUAAGCAAAAUGGUAUAAUAACAGGUAUGUCUGUCAAUUUAUCUGCUCAGAAAAUGCUAAAACUGUUGGCCCUGAAUCACAGUUAUCUUCACUUGAUUAUUGCUCUUUGAAAUUUGCUUUUUGCUUCAGAAUUAACUUUUACAAUGGCAUUCUUUCAUAAAUUAUGCUAAUCACCCCAGCCAUUAAAUAAAUGCAAACUGGAGACAUUACAGAUGUUCAAGUUUCUUUCUUAAGGGGUUAAUAAGCAGUUUUCAGAGAUUCUCCCACAACAGUUGCCUACUUGACUUCCAAAACCUCGCACAAAAGACUGUAACCACCCUUCUGAAACAAAAAUAUUGAUGAAUUAACAUACAUGUCAAUUUACUAUCUCUGAAUUUGUGCUCUUAUAAUUGCAAAAAAAGCUAAAUUUGCCAGUUUUCAAGUGGCUACAGAAAAUUCCCUGCUAGUGAUAGCGCCAUCUGCUACAUGGUUUUACUUUGAAAUCCAAGAAUAAGCUGUAAUAUAUGUACCAUCCAUAUUAUUUCUUUGCUAUUUUAAUUUCCCUGUCAGAACGGCACAUCCACUUUAAGCUCUGACUCAACUAAGGUACAAGCCACCAUGUCAUUAUUUCAAGGUAAAGGCUAUUCCAAUAAUUGUUACUCAAUAAUUGAAAUUCAACCUUGAAUUCUAGCAUAUAUUAUUAUUCUAAAGUACAAAUAGGUGCUUAAAUUUAUAAUUUGCCUCUUAAAUAUGUAUACAGUCUAACCCCUCUUAAGCAGCCAGUGAGGGUAAACAGACAAAAUGGCCGCUUAAGCGUGCUGGCUGCUGAUAGGAGGGACAGCCAGAAUAUUUAUAUAUUUCAGACUUCUGACCAGUGUUCAAUCAUAUUUCAGACUUCUGACCAGUGUUCAGUCAUAACUUAAUUGUUUUACUCUUAUCAUUUUACCAGAAUACAUUGAUGUACAUUUAACUAGGCAAUACUAAUGGUCUUCUUCGCAAUCGACAACUCUGGCGUGUGUUAUAGUAAACAACAAAAAUUGUCAUUUUUGCCAUUUUGGUAAAGGGAAAAUUCUGUACGCGCUUUUUGUCUAGACUAAAAUCUAAGAUUGCUGUUACGUUCCGUAAAAGAUCGAGUGGCUUAUAUUUCUUUCAAAACAAAAUUUUAUUAGUUAUUUUGAGGAAGAAAUAUAAAUAAAAUCACAAAUCUGUUUAUACUAUUUAAAGAUAGAGUUUUAUCUUUUACCGAGAUCAAACUGUGAAUAACAAAAUUGACACAAUGUGACAGGCUAAUUGGCGAUAAAAUUAUACUGGCCAUUUGAUCAUAACAAAAAAAGACGAUCACACCUUUUGUUAUCAGUUUGAAUUGAGGCUCAUGUCAUUUUGUAUCUUCAACGACUGAGAAGUGGGCAUCCAAAGUCAUACACAUAGAAUUCCAGCUAAGAUAUUGAAAUCAGUAACUCUUAUCAAACUGUCGCGAAAUAAACAAUCCAUCACAGUAAACAAUGUUCAUAUUUUCAGAUACGUCCUUUGUGCUGGAACGGUCCCGAGUUUUUGAAAAAAUAAAAAUGAUUGGCUGCUGAUGGGGGUAAAUAUGGUGGCCUUGAGGCAAAAUCGUUGACCGCUGACCGCGGAUGAGGGGUGACUGCUGAAGCGGGUAAUAAAAUAGAGUAAAAAUUGACCAGGACUUCACAGACUGACCAUUGGGAAGGCGUGACUGCUGAUCAGGUGUGACCAUUAAGAGGGGUUAGACUGUAUGUAUAUCGGAUCCUAACGUAUUCAACACUAGCAGUUGAAAACUAUUUACUGCCUCUGAAGAGAGUUUAUUCAUGUAACAUCUAAUACUGAAUUUACAAGAAAUUUUAAGAAAUCACGACUGUUCAUAUUUCCUCUGUCAAAGUACUUGUGUAGUAAUAUGACUCAUUUGUAGUGGUAGCUCUAGUUAUGUUUCAUACACUUUUUUAGCCAGGGUCUUGUAUAUCUAGAUUAACCCUUAACCUGCUAAAUUUCUAGAACUUGUCCAUCUGUCAAUUUGGACAGUACCAUUAACUGUUAAAAGGGGUGCUUAUCAAAAAGUUACAGACUGAAUGGCAAACAGUGCAGACCAUUAUCAGACUGCACGGAUGUGCAAGCUGAUAAUGGUCUGCACUGGUCACAAAGGCAGAACCACUAACCGCCAGCAGGUUAAGGGUUAAAGAAGCAGAAUUUGUAUAUUUUUCCCAUGACCUCAUGAUAUUGAAUUUCUUUUUCUUUCCUUUUCAUCAACAGCAGAUUUGUAACUUAAUUGUUAAACCAUAUUUGACAUUGGAAAUGCAACAGAAUUCUCACUUAUUUAUCCCAUUUUACUACAUUGUACUGUAGAUUGGGUGGUAUUUGGGACAGUUUUAUUUUUGCUAAUAUUUGAAAUGUGAUUGUACAAAAACAGGAGUGAACAAGGUGAAAAUCACCAGAAGACUAUUAAGAUGAUUUGGAACAAUCAAAAGUAAAGAUAUGGUUCAGAUUUAAAAAAAUAUUUGUAUUUGAUAAUAUUAUAGCAAAGAAAUAGGAAAUAUCAAAUGAUUUUAAUGAGUAUUUUUCUACUUUCAAUUGCUGAGAAAAAUACCCAGUGACAUUGUAUUACUUUUCAAAUGUCAAAGCUUUGUAGAUUCAAAAGUUUCAUUAGUAAAUUUCUCCUCAACCGUGCUGAUGUUUUUAUUCCAAGUUCAGAAGUGUUAUCAAAUCCAAAUGUGUCAGAAUGGUACUUUAAGGCUGUAAUUGUUCUAACUUAAAUCUCCAUUUACUUUGAAUUUGUAAGCAUCUUGGUCUACAGCUUUCAAACUUCAUAGGGUAAUUGCAUGUGAUCAGUUGAUGAUCCCUAUUGUUGAAGGGGUCAGUACAUCAAAGGUUAAGGUCACAGUAAUCUUGAGUUCUGGUCAGUUACUGCAACAGGAUAGGACAUACAACGGUCCAACUUUUAGUAUGAUUUACUUUGGUAAACAGUUUGUGAUAUUUAGUUCAAGAUGAAAGUCACAUAAUUAUGCCUUAAUGUUGAAAAUUGUUUUGUCAGGAACUGAAAUGUGAUAGAACAUACAACCUGUAAAUGUCAUACUGUGAUUGGCUGUGGUCAGUAGGUCAUCUCUAUAGCUUUAUGGUCAUUACUACAAGGUGACAGCAUAAUAAAUAGUGAAAAUUACAUACCUUAGUUAAUACCUUUGACAUUAUAUAAAUAUCAUAUGGCAGCGUGUGUGACAUUGAUAUCGUCAACCCGAGGGCAGAAUGUCACCCGAUGCGAAAGCCGAGUGGUGACAUUCUGUUUCGAGGGUUGAUAAUAUCAGUGUCACACACGCUGCCAUAUGAUAUUUAUUUUAUUAUACCGAACAAAAUUUAGUACAUAAAAUUUUAAUUCAUUUAAUUUAACAGUUUCAUCUUUAGCAUGGUAAUCGCCUGUGUAAACAUUGAAUAGUGAGGUCACUACUGUAUGUGUACAAGGAAGGCAAUCAUUUAGCUAAAAAAUUGAAGCAGUUAAUUGCCCUUAUGACAUUCAAAAUAUCAGUGCGGUCACAUGAUCUGACUGUCACUUUCACUUAUCACGUGUCAGAAAGGUUGAAAUUGUUUUUGAUAGUCAAAAUAUCUUUUUCUCGGGUAAUGGGAUUUUAUCAUUGUAGACAAAAGAGAGGUUUAAUAAUGGCUUUUACUGAAAGCAGUCUCUUGGCAAAAAUAAGGGCUAUUUGAGCUAAAAAUAGAAAAAAACUUUAAAAGACUUCUUCUUGUCAUCAAACUUUGUAUGUAGAAUCAUUUGAAGUCUUCCUCAAAUUUGUUCAAAUGGGUGCACUUGAAUUGUUUUAUCUUUCAUUGUGCCAUGUGUAUAUUCAAGGUCAAACAGUCACGGUCAGGUGAGCGUCUGAGGGACACUAUGGCCCUCUUGUUAAACAUGUCUUCAGGUUAAGAUGUAAGGAAGAAGUUUUAUGAAUAUUGCCUAAGGUCUUUUUAGAUUGAUGAAUUUAUUUAGGUGUAUAUCUGCAAACAGAGCAUAUUUAACAUUUGUAUUUAAUCACAGUCUCCCCUGUAUGUAACUUGUCUGCUCUGUUGACUGUAAAGUUUUUUUCUGUCAUCAUAUCGGGUGUAUAUAAUUCUUAUACUUUAAUUCGUUUGAUUAUGUACUGUUCUAGGAAUAGUUGAUUAGUCUGUAAGAUGACUAAAUGAUAAGUUAACAUAGUUUUGGACAAUUUCAUUGACUAUAUGGAAUGGUUUAGCUUUUGUCAGAAGUGUUGGAGGGGAUAUAUUGUUGUCAGUAUUUUCAGGAAAUAUUGCAGAAUGAAGAAAAAUAAACAUAAAUAUAAUCUAC